AGAGCAUGGGGUUCAGAUAGGAUUAUUGGGGGUCACCUCUAAAAGGAUACUCACUCUGGUUAAGUGAGAAGUUCCAGAAUGCAUCAAGUACCCUGCAGCAUUUGGAGAGAGCUCAGCCUAAGGACCUGGUCAGCAUAUCAACUCCAUUUUUUCUUAGGAGCCUCCCCUCCCUACAACCUUAGAGUACAGGAACUCCAGACUACUCCAUCUUCAUGUAGAUGUCUUCCUUGGUUAGUCCUAGACUGUGGGAGAUCAGCCUAGGGACUGAGUUGUUAUCAUAAUCCCAGCUUGGUGGAUCCCUCUGUCUCUAGAGUGUGAGUGAAAACAGAGGGGGGAGGUAUUUGGUCUAGGGACUGGGCUCUCCAGGGCUGCCAUCAGUGCACUCCCCCCUCCCUGUGCUACAUACCUUGCCCACAGCUGAGCAGCUGGGAGGCUAUUUAUAAAGGCGGGUGAGAUCAGCGACAGAAGCUAUAAAUGCACUGGCCACGGCUGGGCCCCACAGGAACAGCGGUCCAGUGCACCAGAACUUUGGACUGCGACACCAGGAUGAGUGCCAGUGCCGGUGGUAGUGGUGGUGUGGACUGUGGUGGCAGCAGCAGCAGCUCUCAGACUUCCUGUGGGCCUGAGUCCUCAGGCUCUGAAUUAACUCCAGCCACACCAGCACCUCACUUGCUGCAGGGACUCCUGGGCUCCGAUGAUGAGGAACAGGAAGACCCUAAGGACUAUUGCAAGGGUGGUUACUACCCAGUGAAGAUCGGUGAUUUGUUCAACGGGCGGUACCAUGUGGUACGAAAGCUAGGCUGGGGACAUUUCUCUACUGUCUGGCUCUGCUGGGAUAUUCAGCGCAAGCGCUUUGUGGCCCUGAAAGUAGUGAAGAGCGCAGGACAUUACACAGAGACAGCCGUGGAUGAGAUCAAGCUCCUGAAAUGUGUCCGGGACAGUGACCCUAGUGACCCCAAAAGAGAGACCAUUGUUCAACUUAUCGAUGACUUCAGGAUCUCAGGAGUUAAUGGAGUCCAUGUAUGCAUGGUGCUAGAGGUCCUGGGCCACCAGCUCCUCAAGUGGAUCAUCAAAUCCAACUACCAGGGUCUGCCUGUACCCUGUGUUAAGAGCAUCGUUAGACAGGUGCUGCAUGGUCUGGAUUACCUCCAUACUAAGUGCAAGAUCAUCCAUACGGACAUCAAGCCUGAGAACAUCCUACUGUGUGUUGGAGAUGCCUACAUCAGGCGCCUGGCUGCUGAAGCCACAGAGUGGCAGCAGUCAGGAGCCCAGCCCCCAUCUCGCUCCACAGUCAGCACUGCCCCCCAGGAGGUCUUGACUGGUAAGCUGUCCAAAAACAAGAGGAAGAAGAUGAGACGCAAAAGGAAGCAACAGAAGCGGCUGCUGGAGGAACGGCUGAGGGACUUGCAGAGGCUAGAGGCUAUGGAGGCCGCAGUACAAGCUGAGGACUCCAGCUCAAGACUAGAGCGGGGCAGCGGCUCCACCUCUUCUUCAGGCUGCCACCAGGAGGGCACCAGGGCUGGCCCCUCUCCAGCCUCUUCUUCCCCUGUGCCUGGGGGGGAACGCAGCCUUAGUCCCAGCUCGCAGACCUCAGGUUUCUCAGGGUCCCUGUUCUCCACGGCUUCAUGCUCCAUCCUCUCUGGCUCAUCUAAUCAGCGUGAGACUGGGGGUCUCCUGUCUCCUAGCAUACCAUUUGGUGCUUCCAACCUCCUGGUGAACCCCCUGGAGCCCCAAAAUGCAGACAAGAUCAAGAUCAAGAUUGCAGAUCUUGGCAACGCCUGCUGGGUGCACAAGCACUUCACUGAGGAUAUUCAGACUCGGCAGUACAGGGCCGUGGAGGUGCUGAUUGGUGCCGAGUAUGGGCCCCCAGCUGACAUCUGGAGCACAGCAUGCAUGGCUUUUGAGCUGGCCACUGGUGACUACCUAUUUGAGCCUCACUCUGGAGAAGACUACAGUCGUGAUGAGGACCACAUUGCUCAUAUCGUGGAACUUCUAGGGGACAUCCCUCCAGCUUUUGCCCUCUCAGGCCGAUAUUCACGGGAGUUCUUCAAUCGUAGAGGAGAGCUGCGGCACAUCCACAACCUCAAGCACUGGGGCCUAUAUGAGGUGCUCAUGGAGAAGUAUGAGUGGCCCCUGGAGCAAGCCACACAGUUCAGUGCCUUCCUGUUGCCCAUGAUGGAGUACAUCCCUGAGAAGCGGGCCAGUGCUGCUGACUGCCUCCAGCACCCCUGGCUUAAUCCCUAGGUUUUGCUGCAGCUGUGGACAGUAGGGGCUAUGCUAGCUCUUGGUGCCUUGAGAGAAAGCAGGCAACUUCUUCCAUCCUGUGGGAGCUGCUCUCUCAUCCUGCUGGGUGCUAUUGUGCUCACCCCCCCAUGGCAGGAUGAGAUGCUGGGGCAAGGCCCAUAUUUCAACCUGUCUACUUGUGAUUCUUCUAGAGGGUCCUGAAUGGGGAAAACUGCCUGUUUGUUUCUUAAUAAAGUGGGAAC